CGCCCCAACUCUCCCAUCAGGACCAGGAGAUGUUCCGCGGUGUCGAAAACAACACAAAGGACGAACUUUGCUCGUUUCGCACUUUCGAGUGCUUUUAAAUAUCCACUUUGGUUGAACUCUAGGGAGAAGGGAGGCGGGAGUUUUUGUCGGUUGAGUGUGUUUUUCUUUGCGCGUGUGUGUGUGUGGAAAAAACAUCACAGAUAUAAGUCAGCUCUACCCCCCGCUGCGUGUUGCGCUUCCAUAUGUCGCGAAAGCAGGUGGACCAUGACUACACCCUGCGGAGCAUGAGCAACCUGAUGGGCGAGCGCUGGAAGAAAGUCAGCGACGGAGGCGAGCGCAGCCUCAUCAAAGCUCCGUCCAGCGGCAGCAUCAGCAGCCAGGGCGCCGCCGCAUCCUCCUCCUCCUCCACCGCGGACGCAUCAGCCCCUUCCGCCGCCGCCGCCGCCUCUUCCUCCACCACCAACACCGGGGACUUGGAGCGGGCUGCCCGCAAGCAGUUCCAGCAGGAUGUCACUCCAGCCUUCGUCUACGUCCUGGCCGCGUUCUCCGCUCUGGGGGGGUUUCUGUUCGGAUACGACACCGGGGUGAUCUCCGGCGCGAUGCUCCUGCUCAAGAGGGAGCUGGACCUGAGCGCCAUGUGGCAGGAGCUGCUCAUCUCGAGCACCGUGGCCGCGGCAGCCCUGUCCGCCCUGCUGGGGGGCUUCCUGAACGGGCUCUUCGGUCGCAGGGUGUGCAUCCUGCUGGCCAGCUUCUUCUUCACAGUGGGGGGGAUCGUGCUGAGCUCCGCUCCCGGGAAAGAGGCGCUCCUGGCGGGGAGGCUGAUCGUCGGAGUGGGCUUAGGGAUCGCCUCCAUGACGGUGCCCGUGUACAUCGCCGAAGCCUCUCCGCCGCACCUCCGAGGUCAGCUGGUGACCGUUAACACCCUCUUCAUCACCGGAGGGCAGUUUACCGCCAGCCUCAUCGACGGCGCCUUCAGCUACAUGCGGCGUGACGGAUGGAGGUACAUGCUGGGUCUGUCCGUGCUCCCCGCCGUGCUCCAGUUCGUCGGGUUCCUCUUCCUGCCGGAGAGCCCCCGCUGGCUGAUCCAGCGCGGGCUGACCCAGAAGGCCCGCCGGGUGCUCAGCCAGAUCCGGGGCAACCAGAACAUCGACGAGGAGUACGACAGCAUCAAGAACAGCGUCGAGGAAGAGGAGAAGGACAGCGGAGGAGAUGGCCCUGUGAUCUGGCGGAUGCUGACCUACCCCCCGACUCGCCGAGCUCUGGCGGUGGGAUGCGGCCUUCAGAUGUUCCAGCAGCUUUCGGGAAUCAACACGGUCAUGUACUACAGCGCCACCAUCCUGCAGAUGUCGGGCGUGCGUGACGACAGGCUGGCAAUCUGGCUGGCAGGGCUCACCACCCUCACCAACUUCCUGUUCACCCUCCUAGGGGUGUGGCUUGUGGAGAGGGUGGGCCGCAGGAAGCUCACUUUGGGCAGCAUUACAGGUACAUGUUUGAGUUUAAGUCUGCUGGCCGUAGGUUUCCUCAUGUCUGCUCAGCACAGUCCUCCAGUUACUGUCCACCCCCUGGACCCGGUCCUGGCCAACUCCACCUGCUCCAAGUACCAAAUGUGCGAGCCGUGCAUGCUGGACCCUCGCUGUGGCUUCUGUUACCGAGAGAACGGCUCGGCUCUCCUGGCCUCCUCCUGCGUGCCGGUCAAUAAGGUCACCACCGAGCGAGCGGCGUGGGGCAGAUGUUCAAACUCUACUCUCAUGAGAGAUCAGACCUACUGGGCCUAUAACUACUGUCCCACCUCAUUUUCUUGGCUGGUUUUGUUGGGGCUGGUGCUCUACCUGGCUGCUUUUGCUCCAGGUAUGGGACCAAUGCCAUGGACCAUUAACUCAGAGAUCUAUCCCUUAUGGGCGAGGAGCACAGGGAACGCCUGCGCUGCUGGAGUCAACUGGACCUUCAACAUCUUGGUGUCUCUCACCUUCCUCCAUUUGGCUCAGUACCUCACCUACUAUGGAGCUUUUUUCCUGUACUCCAGCAUGGCCCUGCUGGGUUUCUUCUUCAUCUAUGGCUGCCUGCCAGAAACCAAAGCGCGGCGCCUGGAGGAGAUUGAGGCGUUGUUUGAAAACCAGCUCUGCUCAUGUGGCGCCUCUGACUCAGACGAGGGGCGGCAGGUCGAGUACAUCCGCGUCAAAGGCUCCAAUUACCAUCUGUCGGACAACGACGCGUCAGACGUGGACUAG